AUGGUGUUCGACGUUUACGGCACGAACCUCAUCCUGCCACAAGCGAACAAAAUCGCCGGACCAAAUGUAAAGACACUCAUGCAUAUCACGCAAGGCGCCUCGUCUAUGUUUGGGUUCUUUGCGCCUUCUGCGAAGUGUGGUAUCAGCGAUUAUGAGACAGCAGUUGAAAGAAUAUGCUCAGAUGAGGAACUGAGGAAAGGGAGGGACAGGACGCAGAUAGUUGAAGCUGUUGUACUCGCGAAGAACGGCACAGAUAAACUUAACGGAACCGUGAUCCGCGUCCCAGGCGUCAAAGAAAUUUUCGACUAUGAGAGGGAAGGCUAUAACGUUCCCAUGCCGCCUGGAAUUCUGAUCCAGAUUGCGGAGAUGAUCAAAUUGGCCGCUAACACGGACGGUACUAUCCUCUCUUCCUCUUACGCCCUCGAAGGACCGGUCUUGGAAGCUUGGACAGAAUUCAAGAAACCGUAUCCGGUGGGUAUCCAAGUCGCUCCUUUUGGGUGGAAGAAAGGCAUCGUUAUUAAAGACGAUGAGAUUCGAGGAUUCUUAGAUAAGAAUGAGAAAAAUUCAGUACUUUAUAUUAGUUUUGGAUCACACUUCUUCCCCAUCACCACCCCAGGAUACGUCACCGCCCUCCUCUCCACCCUCGAAAAACUCAAGUUCCCAUUUAUUUUUGUGCUUGGUGGACAAAUGGCCAAAGACCAUCUCCCUUCUGACACAAUCUCUCGUAUCAACCAAUCCGGCGCCGGCCUAAUCCACUGUGGCUGGGCCGAUCAACGCGGGAUCCUGCAGCAUCCAAGUACGGGCUGGUUCCUCACACAUGCGGGCUGGAACUCGAUCUCUGAGUCUCUGGCCCAAGGUGUACCGUUAAUUUGUUGGCCGAUGAGCCAUAGUGAUCAGUUUAUGAAUGCGGCCUUGCUAAGCACGAGGGAUGAACCGAUUGCGUUUGAACUAUUGCAGACUAGGAUGGGUGAGGCGAGGGGCCCGCCGAGAAGGGGAGGUGGGGAGAUUAAGGGAGAGAUCGGGGAGGUGGAGAGGGAGAUGGAGGAUGUUUUGUCUAAGGCUAGGGGAACCGAAGGAGCAAAAUUGAGAAAACAUGCGGAAAGUAUUGCGAUUAAGUUGAGAGACGAGAGGGAUGGAAGGGCGGAUUGGGCUAUUAGAGAGUUGGCAGCGGUUUAG